AUGAACCCAUCAACCCGUUGGAAGUCGAACACGCUGGACGAUUAUAUCAGAAGACGCUGGACCCAAACCCGUUGGACGUCAAACCCGUCCAAGGAGCCCAUUUACCCAUUGGACCCGAACCCGUUGGAUGAACCCAUCAACCCGUUGGACGUCGAACCCGUUGGACCCAACCCGUUGGACGUCAAACCCGUUGGACGUCAAACCCGUUGGACGUCAAACCCGUUGGACGUCAAACCCGUUGGACGUCAAACCCGUCCCAGGAGCGCAUUAACCCGUUGGACGUCAAACCCGUCCCAGGAGCGCAUUAACCCGUUGGAAGUCGAACACGCUGGACCCAACCCGUUGGACGUCAAACCCGUCCAAGGAGCGCAUUAG